AUGGCGAAGCGCAAGUCGAUGAGCUCCAAGAUGGCGUCGCGGAAGAAGCCGGCGCCGAAGCUGGACACCACCUUCUGCUGCCCCUUCUGCAACCACCCCGGCGGCGUGUCCUGCACCAUCGACCUCAAGCUCUACGUCGCCAGCGCCGUCUGCUACGUCUGCCAGGAGGCCUACCACACCGCGGCGCACCACCUCACCGAGCCCGUCGACAUCUAUCACGACUGGAUCGACGCGUGCGAGAAGGCCAACCAAGGCGUCGACGCCGGGGACUACUGCCUCAAACGACAGCGGCGAGUCGGCAGCGGCGACGACAGCGACAGCGAUGCCUGAUCGAUCGAGUUGUCCGAUUGAUGGAUCGACCUCAUCUUGCGUUGUUUCAGAUGUUUGAUCGUAGUCCUGUAGCUCUGUUGCUGCGCACUGUGCAGACAAGAUUAGAUUAAGCUUGUUGUUUGAGAUGUUUUCGAUAGACAAGAUUACCUUAAGCUUGUUGUCUCUAGAAAACAAUAUUGACACCGUGUGAGAACAAAGGCUCUGCAAGUUCAGUACCUUGUUGUCAGGAGA